UGGAACGGCAAUGUCUGCUGUGUAGGCGUUCCGAAAGCCAUUCAUAAAAAAAAUUCAAUCACAACAGAAAUCUUAUAAUCAUUGGCACUUCCGUGACCCACACAGUGACAAAUUGUUCACACAAUGUCUGCCUCUGAAGCUAAACCAAAAUCAAUGACUCGUGCAAAACAGUGGUCAGAUGAGAUAGAAAACUUGUACAGGUUUCAGACUGCUGGAUACAGAGAUGAAGUUGAAUACAGGCAUGUAAAGCAAGUGGAAAUGGUGGAUCGAUGGCCUGAAACUGGAUUUGUGAAAAAACUUCAGAGAAAGGAUAAUACCUUUUAUUAUUACAAUAAACAGAGAGAAUGUGAAGAAAAAGAAGUCCAUAAAGUUAAAGUAUAUGCCUAUUAAGGUUCAUGUAUUUUGUUGUAGUAAAUGUUUUUAUUUUCUUCUGGCUAACUGCUUUUAUACAGAAGUAGUGUUAUAUGGAAACACAAUACAAAAAAAUUGAAUUGUCUGUGAACUGAAUGAAUAAAACGUGUAAAUGUC